AUGAGUUCCAAAAUAUUGCUAUAUCAAGGCUUUCUUGUGCUUGUCAUGGUAACAGCGACCAGCCCCAGCAUUGUCGCCAGGGUCGCCCCCAGCCCAAGUUUUACCAAGGUACCUUGGAACCCAGCCUCAUCUGCCAAUAUUGGUCGGCAUGUGCUUCCCAAACAUAUCGUCUAUGCACGUACGGGUUCGAAAGAAGGAGAGCAUCUUGUCGAGGGGAGAGGCAGUGCCAGUCCGACCCACGUUACCAGGACCAUUGACAUUAAUGAAGGAGGCUGGACAACAGACUCGCCUGCCAAUAUUGCUCGAGAUGAACUACCGGCCCAUCAAGUCGAUGGACUUAAGUGGUCCAGAACAAUAAAACAUGUCGUCGAAGGGAGGGGCAGUCUGUUAGGAAGAGAUGAAGAGAGUAAAGAAAAGCUUGCGCUGGCCCAUCAAGCGUAUCCCACAAUUCAAAAGGCCGGGGAUUAUAUCAAAUCUAAGCUUGGUUGGACCGGUUCAAAACCUGAAACUGAUAAGAACCUAUGGGAAGAGGGAGUCUACAACAACCGCCUUUAUGCUCAAUUCCACUUGAAUGAAUAUCCCUACGCUUUACCACCAAAGGUGACCCACUGGGUGUAUUGGAUACGGGUUUCUCCAGUAAACGAAGAGUCAUUCCGGCCGUUGGCCCAUGAGAGUGUACCACAUUCUGAUUACUUGGACCCGGUAAGGGUAGCCGCGCUAACGAGAUAUGUCAACCACUACGAUUUGUAUGGGUGGUCUGGGAUUCCUGAACGCAUUAUCCGGACUCAUCGGCCUUCGAGUUUUGCCCAUCCGACAGAUCAUGUGGUCUGGAAAGACCCCGUAUCAGGAGAAGAAGUGACCCGUUUGCAAGGCGCUCGGGCCAUACAGUGGGCAGGAAGACAUGUCUGCAAGGCAAUCCAAUCUCAAUUUCCUCCAGACGAUUAUCAAGUCUUGUUUAAUCGAGCACCUGAGCGUUGGAAAAGCGUCGUUGAGCCUGAUCACGUCCAGUACGUAAAUGAAUAA